GGAGGAAUAGAGAGAGCGAGAGGGAGAGAGAGAGGGAAGAAGAGCUGUGGCGCUUUCAUGAAGCAUCAUUGGCGCAACAUCCGCGCAAUGAGGACUUUGUAACAGAUCCAGGGUGGGCAGCAUGGCGAGCAAGUGCGCGGUCGUGCCUCAACAAGGAGCCCAGUUGGUCCGAAGAGCAAAAUGAGACCCCUCCCCCCCCAAAAAAGAUGUCCUCUGGAUUAUUUAGCCGCCGCUCCAUCGACAUGAACUUUAUCAGCGUUUGAACUGAUUGUACAGCCGCAAAAACAAUAAGACGGCAAUUUCCAGCAAGUCCCAAGUGGACCGGAUGCGUGCGACCCCCGGUGACAAUGUGUCGCGAGUGACAAGGGAAGGCGGCAAGAGGAACGCGGAGUCGCUGGCGUCUCGUACUUCUUCUGGCUUUCCCACGCGAACCCUUCAGGAAACACAGCAGGACGUCAACUGACCUUACCUAGGCCAGUGGGAGGUGACUGUCAGAAGAAAUGCCGGUCCUCCACCAUCGGGACCAUGUCAACCAAUUGGCCUAUGAGAAAAGAGGAGUGCUCCCAUGGAUCUGCCUUUCCCGCUAGAUGGUCGGCAUCCUCCUUGAUGCUUCUAUGGUUGUCGUGGGUGUUCUUGUGGGUGCUGUGGCCCAUCCGAGCUGAACAAGCGGCCAGCGGGGGGCACGCGGGCAAAGCGCUCCAUGGUUCGCUGUCGUCCCCCUCGGCAUCUUCCUCCUCCUCCUCGUCCUCCUCCUCCUCCUCCCCCUCCAGUUCCUCUGCAUGGGGCUUCAGCACAAGGCAGAGUGGAGGGCAGCUGGACUGGCUGCUGUCAGAAAAGGGACCUUUCCACCGCUGCCCUGAGUACACUGAGUUCAGAGAGAGGUUCCAGCAGGGAUUUUCUACCAGAUACAAAAUUUAUAGGGAAUUCAGCCACUGGAAGGUAAACAGCCUGGCUACAGAAAAGAGGGACUUCUUUAAAGCUCCGUUGCCCUUAGCACCAGAAUUCCUACGUAACCUGCGAUUACUUGGGCGACGGCCAACCUUGCAGCAAAUCAACGAAAACCUCAUCAAGAAGUAUGGAACUCACUUCCUGGUGUCUGCUACCCUAGGAGGGGAGGAGUCCUUAACCAUUUUCCUGGACAAGCAAAAGCUAAAUAAGAAGUCAGAAGGCAAUAGCAACAGCACUGUGGUGUCACUGGAGCUACUCCAUCAGCUAGCAGCUUCAUACUUCACAGAUCGAGAAAGCACCCUAAGGAGACUGCACCACCUCCAGAUCGCCACUUCAGCAAUUAAGGUAACAGAGACAAGGACGGGUCCUCUCGGCUGCAGUAACUAUGACAGCUUGGAUUCGGUUAGCUCAGUGUUGGUGCACAGUCCAGAAAAUAAGAUCCAUCUAAAAGGCUUGCAAGAUGUCCUGCCUGAGUUUCUGCGUGGGCGUUUUGUGGUUGCAGCCCUCAGUUAUGUGGCAUGUAACUCGGAGGGCGAGUUGCUCUGCCGCAACAAUGACUGCUGGUGCCGAUGCUCUCCUCGCUUCCCAGAAUGCAAUUGUCCCUUUGCUGACAUCAAGGUUAUGGAGGAGAACCUGGAGAACAGCAAAGAGGCCUGGAACAGUUUCAACCAAGACUUCACUGAAUCAGAUGAAUUCAAAGCCUUCCUGAAACGCUUGCCCACUGAUCAAUUCUUGAAUAUUUCCAUGAUUGCCAAGUACUGGUCAGCCAACGCGUCUCUCCAGAAGCGCUAUGCCCAUCUAAAGACCAGCACAGCGUUGGUCCUGGGCAAAGCUCAGAAGAUUAUCAGAAAGUUGUUCACCCUCAGCAAACGAUGUCCAAAGCAACCUCGAAUCAGUCUCCCUCGAGAAAGGUCGACUGCCUUUUGGUUGAGCAAGGCUCAGUCACUCCUCUACUGCAAUGACCACGGAAUGCUCGGAUUUUUCUCUGAGGAAGUCAAAAGUUGCAGCUGCCCCGUGGAACAGCCAACUUGUCAGGGUGCCAUUCCCUGUGUUGUUGGCUCCUCCUUUACUUCCUGCUCCGCUUGUGCCGCAGACAACAUAACCCGCUGUGGAUCCUGCCACCACGGCAAUCUCCUACACCUUGGUUCCUGUCGGCCGAGCGUCGCCACAUCCCUGGACCACUAUCUGAAUUUUGAUCUCGACAUGCCAGAUUCAGAGGUGAAAUACCUACUUCAGCAGCUUGACAGCAGGAUUGAAGUCCACGCCAUUUACAUUAGCAAUGAUGUCCGUCUGGGAAGUUGGUUCAACCCUGCUUGGAGAAAGAGGAUGCUGCUUACUCUCAAGAGUAAUAAAAAUAAGUCAAAUCUUAUCCACAUGUUGAUGGGCAUGACUUUCCAGAUAUGCUUAACCAAGAAUUCAACACUUGAGCCAGUGCCAGCAAUUUAUGUUAACCCUUUUGGGGGAAGUCACUCAGAGAGUUGGUUCAUGCCAGUGAACCAGCCUGACUUCCCCAACUGGGAGAGAACUCGACUGGAUGCUGUGACAACUGCACAAUGUUACAACUGGACAUUGUCACUGGGGAACAAAUGGAAGUCCUUCUUUGAAACCGUUCACAUCUAUCUGAGAAGCCGCAUUGUCACUGAUGAUCCAACAGUGAAUGAAACGCUCUUCUAUGAACCUUUGGACAUGGAUGACCAAAAAUCAAACCUGGGCUACAUGAAGAUCAACACACUGAAAGUUUUUGGUUACAGCAUGCACUUUGACCCCGAGGGCAUUAAGGAUUUGAUACUCCAGCUGGACUACCCAUAUACACAGGGUACACAGGAUGCUGCCUUUUUUAUGUUGUUGGAGAUGAGGGAUCGCGUUAACAGGUUGGCCCCACCAGCGCCGCAGCCACUUGACCUGUUUUCUUGUCUUCUGCGGCACCGGCUCAAAUUGUCAGCUGGUGAGGUGGUGCGCAUCAAGGAAGCUCUUCAGAUCUUCAAUUCAAAGCUCCCCAAUGCCUCUCCUGAACUUGAGCUGGUUCAGCUCUGCAGCUAACUAGCUUAGCAUUCAAGGCAGAAUUUAAAUGUCCAGUGAAGGAGAUUCGGGGAUAUUAUUGGCAUGAGCAACGUAGCUCCCGGUAAACCUUUGACCUCAUCUGGAUCAAUAUUUUACAAGCCUGACCAAUGGAAAUGACAAAGUCUCUUGGCUGGUUUUCCAGUGUCACUUGUAAUCUGGAGGAUUAUGACUAUAAGGACUGUAAGAGGCCAACUAUUGAGGCAUGUUGGAGAACAUGAAGCUCUGUUCAAGUGCUCUACUGAACUUGCCUGGAGGCUUGCCUUUGCUAUAACUGCCUUUCUUUUGGCAAACUGGAUGACAGCUGGGGGACUCAUCAAAGUAACUUAGGCUUCUGUCUUGCAAAGAGAGAUGUGAUUUAAUAUGUAUAGGGAAACUCUUGAGGGAUCAACAUUAAUGAUCUAAUAGAGAAUGAUCACCCUUUUGUAACCCUAUUUUUUUUUGUUAUGGAACAAUCUAGAGAAGAUAAUAGUGGAUCAAAUUAAACGUGCAUUGAACAAUGUUAUGCUUACAUUUUGAGAACCCCAAUCUUGUUACUAUCAUUGAAUAUUUCUUUUUAAUCCCUACCGUUCUUUUCUGAUGUUUCAAAUCUUGUAUCUAUGCUGAAUAACAGAAGUCUGUUAGUGUUAGCUCUGUACUUGGUGGUGUGUCUUUAAAAAAAUAAAUAAAAAGGUAAACACAUUGCCAAGGCAAAUAGGAAAAUAGUUUAGAAUUUUUUGUUUGUUUGUUUCUUCUUUUGAGAUGAAAGCCUAACCAAAUUCUGAUGUGGUUACAAAAAAAGCUUUGAAAGUACAGUGCUGUAAAUAAUGCGCCAUCUAACCUGAGAUGUGAAUAUGUGCACAUUGCUUUUUAGAUAACCAAGAGCAAAGACAAAAAAAAAAAAUAAUAAUAAUAACAAUAAAAAAAAAAAAAAGACAGAAAUGUUUAUAACAACUCAUGCCUUAUAUGGAGUCAGUGUUGUGAGAAGCACAUUUAGUUUUGGUGUUUGAUUUCCUGGCUGGUGAUGUAUUGCUUUUAAGAUUUAAAAUUUUCUACCAAUAAAAACAUAUUCUUCACGUAAACUGUAGCUUUUCCAUGUAAAUGCUGUUCACGCUGCACCAUUUGCUUUGAUUCAGUGAUGUGCAACUGUUUACAGUGCACACCAGUACAUAAUGAUGUAUUGUAAUUGUUCAGUAAAGGUCCUCUGGGUCCAAUUAGAUAUUCUUUCAGCACCUGAUGUGGUUGAUAUUACUAAAAAUUUCAUCAUAUUUUUGACAUUUUUAUUCCGCUACAAAAUGACAGGUCUAAUGUUAUCUGCAAGAUGCAAAUGUUGACUGUUUGUAAGGUUUCUGAAGGGCAGUGACGGUAAUUCUGAGAAUUGCAAACACCACCUUAUAACAUUUACUAUUAUUAUUUUUAUUAUUUGAUUCUGUAUUUUAAAAAUCAAUCUGCUUUUUUGUCAUUUCCAGCUGUCAACCUGUUUUCAGCUUCACAAAAAGAAAAUCAAAUGGCAUGUUUGUUUGGAAUUCGUUGACUUGCUUUCGAAUGUUUUAUGAUUUUUACUCUGAAAUGCACUCACCUCUAUAAAGGUACUGUACUCCUAAACUAAAGAACAAUAUAAUAAAUUUACCUUUGUGUUUAUUUUUUAAGCUGGAGUUGAUUUUUAAACCCAAUUAGUUUACAAAGUUUCCAGCAAACUGUAAUUAUAUUGAAAUAAGUGCCACGAUGAAUACAAUUGGUUGUUAAAUGGAAAGGGUCACCUGAAUGAAAAAUGGACCACCAGUGUGAAGCAAAGUAAGCUGUAGCCUGGGGGGGGUGACAUGGGGUGCAACUUGGAUAUGGACAGCUGAGGCUGCUGGGAAUUUCCCCCUCUUAUCGGCUCCCUUGUGUUUCCCCACAUUACCCCAAAACAUUUUCUCUGUUUAUUCCUCCAUCUGCCAGGAUCCUCUGAGGCAACUUCACUCACAGAUUUUUCCUCCUUUAAAUAUCAAUGUUUUCAUUUCCAUUACUCCAUGUUAGCCACCUCCUUCCAGUCGCUUAUCUCGUUGGUCCUCGGCAAACCAUCUGGAAUGUUCCAUCUCCAUCUGUUGGCCCUGCUCCACCACCCACAGGGAUUUAUUUUCCUCAAGUUCUGGAGCUUAUUUAAUAAUGUUACAACAUGGCAUUGAUGUCUUAUUGCCCAAAAAAAUCCUCUUGUUAUAUUAUUACAAUAAAUGUUAUAACUUGCA